CUGCAUGCCACACUGGGCCUCCUGACUCCAGCCAUGCUGCCCCAGUGGGAACUGGCUCUCUGCCUCUUUGUUUCCCUGGGCUUCCACUUCCGCUCCUUCUAUGAAGUUUACAAAGUCUCCGGGGAGUAUGAAGAGGUACUGGACCAAGAAUUUGAGCUGGAGACAGAUACUCUGUUUGGAGGGUUAAAGAAGGACCCGACUGACUUUGAGUGGAACUUCUGGCUGGAAUGGGGCAAGCGGAGGCUGGUGUGGCUCUUCCUUGGCCAUGCGGCUGUGUCUCAGUUGGCCACGUUGCUCACAAAGAAGCACAGACCCUGGAUUGCCAUGGCCUAUGGAAUGUGGGCAUGCUGGUGUGUGCUGGGGGCUCCCGGCGUGGCCAUGGUCUUUCUGCACACAACCAUUGCCUUCUGCGUGGCCCAGUUCCGGUCGGUGCUCCUGUCCUGGCUGUGUUCUCUCCUCCUCCUCUCCACCUUGAGGCUGCAAAGUGUGGAGGAAGUUAAGAGGAAGUGGUACAAGACAGAAAAUGAAUAUUACAUGCUGCAGUUCACAUUGACUGUCCGCUGCCUGUUCUACACCAGCUUCAGCCUGGAGCUGUGCCGCCAGCCUCCGCCUGCCCGACUUGCCGCCCACUCCUUCCCCUGGCUGCUGGCCUAUGUCUUCUAUUAUCCCGUCUUCCACAAUGGGCCGGUCCUCAACUUCCCGGAGUUCUUCAAACAGAUGCAGCAGCCGGAGCAUACCUCUCCCCGUCACAGCCUCUGCGUUCUCGCCAAGGGCCUGGGCCGCCUGCUGUGCUGGUGGUGGCUGGCCGAACUGAUGGUCCAUCUGAUGUACAUGCACGCCCUCUACAGCAGCAUUCCCCUCCUGGAGAGUGUUUCCUGCUGGACCUUAGGAGGAUUGGCACUGGCCCAAGUGCUCUUCUUCUAUGUGAAGUACUUGGUGCUCUUCGGUGCCCCGGCUCUGCUCCUGCGCCUGGACGGACUCACGCCACCACCCCUCCCCCGCUGUGUCAGCACCAUGUUCAGCUUUACUGGGAUGUGGAGGUAUUUUGAUGUCGGACUACACAAUUUCUUAAUCAGGUAUGUGUACAUACCGCUGGGUGGGUCCCAGCAUGGCCUCCUGGGGACACUGUUUUCUACCUCGAUGACGUUUGCAUUUGUGAGCUACUGGCAUGGCAGCUAUGAGGACCUCUGGUGCUGGGCAGCACUCAACUGGCUGGGAGUCACUGUGGAGAGUGGGGCCCGGAGGCUGCUCGACAUGCCCUGUGUCCGGGAGACCUUGGUGCGGCACCUCUCCACGCAGGCUCGCUGCCGGCUGCACGCUCUGCUGGCCUCCUGCUCCACCUCCAUGCUGAUCCUGUUCAACCUGGUGUUUCUUGGGGGAAUUCAAGUUGGAAAAACCUACUGGGACAGGGUCUUCCUACAAGGCUGGCCAUGGGUGACCCUGUCUGUCCUGGGAUUCCUGUACUGCUACUCGAUCGUGGGCAUCGCCUGGGCUCAGACAUACACAGCUCGCUAAUGCUGCUGGGCCAGGUCAGCCUUGCUGUCAGUCUUUAAGGAACAUGGCAUUUCAGCUGGACCUCGCACUCAAAGAACAUCCCUGAGGGACCACCUCCCACUCCAGGACAAUCCUUGAGGGA